AUGAUAGUUAACGAUGACAGCCAUGAUGAAGAGUGCAGCGUAGAAAAUUCUGAAGAAAAAAAGAAAGAGGAAUCCUGUCAAAUAAGUGAAUCGGCUUUAUUUCCUCCCAGCGCGGGUAAUGGAACGCCAGGUCCUUCAGAAAACAUACAUAAUGGCGAAAAUCUGCAUCACCGGAGGGAAGAUUUUGUAGACGAGGAGUGCAAUUUGCUUGGUGAGCAGAGGAGGCAGCAUGUGAAUGACAUCAGCAGUGAGCAUUUUAAGGAGGAAUGGGAAAAAAGCGAAAGGAGCCACGCCCCACAGGAGGUAGCCUCGAAUGAAUUGAGCAGACGGGAAUCCUGCCAGGAGGCGCUUGACCGCGCCCAAGGGGGUGAAACCCCGCGCAGUAGUGAAGAGUUAACUAAUACGCAUGCAGUAAGAAUGGACGGCACGGAAGGGGCACAGGAUGAAUUCCAAAUUGGGGCCACUUACGUACCUCCAAGCGACGCAGCGGAUGCUUUACAAAUCGAGGGGGACGAUUUGCAGGAAGAAACUGAGGAAGGUUCCUUAAGUGGCACGCUCUAUGGAUCGAUAAUUGGCUCCUUAAACAGUUCCCAAAUCGGCUCCCAUAACGAUCUCCAAAACAGCCCUGUAAAAAAUACCCCAGAUGACGACCAGGAUGAAACCACGGAAUCUGUCGUGGCAAAAGAAGAAAUGAUCAACAUUACCAGGCUUUACCACACGGGCAUAAACAAAAUAGAGGCAGUUAUCGCCCUGUACAGAUACUACAAAAACAAUUUCAAUCAGCGGUUCAGGGAGCAAAUGAACAAGUACAACCCGCUUAUCUACUUCUACAGUAACAACAACUUUGAAAAUCACAUAAGUGUGGAUUAUAUCAACUAUAAAGACAGAAUGAAUGCAAUAAAGACGGAGAGACUAUCGAGACUGGUGCUGUACAUAGAGGACAUAAACAAAAUAAAGCAAGCUCUAAAGGUUAAACAGCAUAAUGAAUUAAAAUUAGAGGAUGAUGAAAAGAAAGAGUAUUUUUACGAUGCGAAUGAAGACAUAGAAGACUUCUUCAUUUUUGAUAACACCGUUUCGUAUCUUAAUAAUGACGUUGAAAGCAUAUUUUCCGAAGGGGAAAAUUCUUCAUUUUUUAAGGAUGAUGCAAGCAUAGAUAAUUUCUUAGAAGAGCAGAAAAAUAAAACGAAUGACGAAUUUAAUAUGCUAAAUUUAUUUAAUCGUUUUUCUUUAAAAAAUUAUUAUAUGUUCGAUAUUAAUAAAAAUUUGUGUGCGAUAUAUGCGCGCACCCCUAUGAUAAUUAAGAAGUUUGCGGAAAAAAUAAACUCUUACAGCAGCACAGAGAAAGCGGACGCCGAUUUGAAUGGGACGGAGCAAGACGGGGUAAACCUUCCAGGUGAACAUAAAAAUAAGGAAAAUUGUAAUUACUAUCCGGCUGCUCGUUCUCGUGAAAAUAAUCAAAAUUUGGAUGCAUACAUUCAGUUUCAUUGCGAAAAAUGGCAGGAAAAUAUGUACGACAUAGUUGAAGUGAAUAGCCUCGAAUUUGAUUUUAAUCGUUUAAGGUGCAACAUAAUGUAA